AUGAACCAUUCGGAUUGUUGUGGCAUCUUUUAAAAUGGCAACCUUCUUUUUAACGUAAAUAACAGACGGCUAAACAAACACCGAGGGCUAAACUGCGUAUGAAUAAAGCCGAGCAUUCUGGAAAAUUACGCUUCCUAAGGCAAUGGCAGCGUCUUCAUCGUCCUCCUCUGCAGGAGGUGUAAGCGGUAGCUCGGUAACAGGCUCUGGAUUCAGCGCCUCAGAGCUCAUCCCUCCCAGGAAAGUUCUCUACACUUAUCCUAAAGGAGCAGGGGAAAUGAUGGAAGAUGGCUCUGACAGAUUUUUAUGUGAGUCUGUGUUCAGCUACCAAGUUGCCUCCACGCUAAAGCAAGUUAAACAAGAUCAACAAGCAUCGAGGAUGGAGAAACUUGCGAGCCUUGUGGAAGAGCUAGAAGCAGACGAGUGGCGUUACAAACCAAUAGAGCAACUACUAGGAUUCACACCGUCCUAGUCAAAGGCAUUCGGAUGCCUUUUGUGGAAUAAAUCAGCCAAAUGGAAUGAAGACAAAAGGAAAUGUUUUAUUCUGACAUGUGAUGCUUUUUUUCUGUAAGAGUUUACACUGUAACAUAGAGUUAAAGGUUAUUUCAACAUGUUGAACGUAAGAUGUUUUUAUUUUAUAUCUUGCACAAUUUUGUGUUUACCUUUUUUAAACUUAUUUUCAAUAAUGUGCAUCAUCUAAACUAAAAUACCUUUCAGCUUAAUAUUAUAACUACUCAACUUGUAAUAUUAUUUAAUAGUCAUAAAAUGUCUUUCAUCUCAUUUAGACUAAUAAAACUGAUUCUUGACAUGCUC